AAGUUACUCCCCAGCAUUCCCAGGUAUCUAGAACAUACCUAAAACUUUGAGAGUCUCUGGUUUUUUCUAUUGCAGCCAUGAAGCCUGAGCCCUGUGGUACCCAGAGCCCACAUUGUACCAUCAUGACCUUUUAUCCAACCAUGGAAGAAUUCAAAAAUUUCAACGAAUACGUUGCUUACAUGGAAUCCCAAGGUGCACACCGAGCAGGCCUGGCUAAGAUAAUUCCACCGAAGGAAUGGAAAGCCAGACAGACCUACGGUGAUGUCAAUGACAUCCUAAUAGCCACUCCUCUGCAGCAGGUGGUCUCUGGGCAGGCAGGUGUGUUUACUCAAUAUCAUAAAAAGAAGAAAGCCAUGACCGUGGGGGAGUAUCGCCACUUGGCUGACAGUGACAAAUACCGCACUCCACCGCACCUGGGUUUUGAAGACUUGGAGCGAAAGUACUGGAAGAACCGCCUGUACGACUCUCCGAUUUAUGGCGCCGACAUCAGCGGCUCCUUGUUUGAUGAAAACACUGAACACUGGAACCUCGGAAACCUGGGAACAAUUCAGGACCUGCUGGAACAGGAGUGCGGGGUCGUCAUCGAAGGCGUCAACACGCCCUACCUGUACUUCGGCAUGUGGAAGAUCACCUUCGCUUGGCACACGGAGGACAUGGACCUGUACAGCAUCAACUACCUGCACUUCGGGGAGCCCAAAACGUGGUACGCGGUGCCCCCGGAGCACGGCCGACGCCUGGAACGCCUGGCCAGGGAGCUUUUCCCGGGCAGUGCGCGGGGCUGUGAGGCCUUCCUGCGGCACAAGGUGGCUCUCAUCUCGCCCACCGUGCUCAGGGAGAAUGGCAUUCCCUUCAGUCGCAUCACCCAGGAGGCUGGCGAGUUCAUGGUGACGUUCCCCUAUGGCUACCACGCUGGCUUCAAUCACGGCUUCAACUGUGCCGAAGCCAUCAACUUUGCCACCCCGCGCUGGGUCGAUUAUGGCAAAGUGGCGUCUCAGUGCAGCUGCGGAGAGGCCAGGGUCACGUUUUCCAUGGACACCUUUGUGCGCAUUCUGCAACCCGAGCGCUACGAGCUGUGGAAACAGGGGCGAGACCGGGUGGUCGUGGACCACAGGAAGCCCACGGUGACAGCAAGCCAGGAACAGACCGCCUGGGGGGAGGCCCGGCCACCCGUGAGAACUGCGAGGGCCGUGAGCCACCUCCAGCCCAGACAGGCCCCGCCCCAUCCUAGGCCUCUGGCCCCUGGAAGUGGCUCCCGCCUCUGCGACCCUGUGUGCCCUGCACCCAGGUGCUCCUCCACUGCCCGCAGCGCUGCUGUGGAGCCUGACGCCUCUGCCAUCGCCAUCGCUAUCACCACCGCCACUAGCCCUGGGGAGACGGGUCUGACACAGACGCUGACUGUAGAUCCACCUGCUCUGAAUCUCCAGCUUUCACGUGGCAGAAGGGGUCGUGGUCGUCCUCCUGGUCGUCGUCCUCGGGAAUCUGAGGCUCAGGAACAGACCAUCCAGGCACCCGCCAAGAGGUGCACAGCAUCCACAGUUCUGGGCCCCAAGGCUCAGCCCCUACCUGGGAAUGAAUAUUUGAUAGAAGACUCUGCACCUGUGAGCCCUGGACCCCAGAAUUCCACUAAAGCUUUCAGGUGCUGUUGUGCCCCUGAUCUUCAACCCCUGGGGCCCCCACUGGAUUCUGACUCUCCAGUGCACCCUGGCCCAUGCCUGCUGUCCCUGGACACCAUUACAGUGAAUCUCCCUGACAUUGUUCCAAUGACUCCUCCCAACUUCAUUAUGCCUCUGAGAAAAUUCCCCAGUGCCACAACUGGGGACUGCGCAACCCCUGUGAACUUGCUGAAAGUUAUCGCCAUGGACCACUCUUAUGCCUCUAAGAUCCUUCCCCCGAGAUGA